GUAAGGAUAGGCGUCGCUGAUCGCCAUCAAAUCAUCCUCGCUAGAAAUCUGCACGCGGACCGCUUUUUAGUAAUCGAAGUUCUCGAUCGUCAGUUCAGUUACAAUAUUACAGAAAAUAUUGAAAUAAUCGUUGAAAAAUGUCGACGGUAGCUAGCCCUUUAGCUGUUUGCGGUGUCCGGCAAUUCGGAGCACCCGUAAGAACACAGAACGUUAUGGCUGCUUGUGCAAUUGCGAAUAUUGUUAAGAGUUCCCUGGGCCCCGUUGGCUUGGAUAAAAUGCUCGUGGAUGACAUUGGUGAUGUUACUGUCACAAAUGAUGGAGCAACUAUCUUACGCUUGCUCGAGGUCGAACAUCCAGCUGCGAGAGUUUUGGUAGAAUUAGCUCAACUGCAGGAUGAGGAAGUUGGGGAUGGAACCACGUCAGUUGUAAUAAUUGCUGCUGAAUUAUUAAAAAAUGCAGAUGAACUUGUAAAGCAAAAGAUUCACCCAACAUCUGUAAUCAGUGGUUACAGGCUCGCUUGCAAAGAAGCCUGUAGAUACAUUCAGGAGCAUCUAACAGUGGGUGUGGACGAGCUUGGAAGAGACUGCUUAGUGAACGUAGCGAAAACUUCUAUGUCAAGUAAAAUUAUUGGAGCUGAUGCCGAUUUCUUUGGGAACAUGGUCGUCGAUGCAGCGAAUGCUAUAAAAGUCAAUGAUGGAAAAGGAGGAUUUCUGUACCCCAUAAAGGCAGUUAAUGUUUUAAAGGCUCAUGGAAAGAGCGUCAGGGAAUCCAUGUUGGUACAUGGCUACGCGCUGAAUUGCACCGUAGCUUCGCAAGCGAUGCAGAAGAGAAUAGUGAACGCGAAAAUCGCUUGCUUAGACUUCUCUCUGCAGAAGACAAAAAUGAAAUUGGGCGUCGAAAUAUUGAUCACGGAUCCCGAGAAGUUGGAAGCUGUGCGACAACGCGAAGCGGAUAUUACGAAAGAACGUAUUCAGAAAAUUAUUGCAGCGGGCACGAACGUUGUUUUUGUAUCUGGAGGAAUUGACGAUCUUUGUCUGAAGUAUUUCAUAGAAGCUAAAGCAAUGGCAGUUCGAAGAUGUAAGAAGGCGGACUUGAAGAGGAUUGCAAAGGCUACAGGCGCGCAGUUCCUUACUUCCUUGACGAACAUGGAAGGGGAGGAGAGUUUCGAUUCAAGUUUCCUCGGGGAAGCAGCUGAAGUCGUGCAAGAAAUGGUUUGCGACGACGAGCUGAUUCUUAUCAAAGGGCCAAAAGCAAGGACAGCGAGUUCUAUAAUAUUGCGUGGACCGAACGAUUAUUACUGCGACGAGAUGGAACGUUCUGUGCACGAUGCGUUGUGCAUGGUCAAACGAGUUUUGGAAAGUAAACGCGUGGUCGCGGGAGGAGGCUGCGUUGAAGCGGCGCUUUCAAUUUACUUGGAAAAUUUCGCUACCUCUUUAAGUUCUCGAGAACAAUUGGCUAUCGCUGAGUUCGCCAGAUCGUUACUCGUUAUACCGAAAACGUUAGCAGUCAACGCUGCACAGGAUGCCACGGAUCUCGUCGCUAAAUUACGCGCUUACCACAAUUCCAGUCAAACGAAAGCAGACCUCGCAGAUUUGAAAUGGGUUGGCUUGGACCUGCUCGAGGGUACUAUCAAAGAUAACAAGAAAGUCGGGGUAUUGGAACCAGCGAUUUCGAAAAUAAAAUCAUUGAAAUUCGCUACAGAGGCAGCGAUCACUAUUCUCCGAAUCGACGAUAUGAUCAAACUGGAUCCGGAACGAUCGAAGGAUAGAUCGUACCGUGACGCGAUGGAAGCCGGUGAAUUGGAAGAGUAAAAUCUAAGCGCAUUUAACAAUUUUUCUUUUUUCAUACGGUUCAUUAUGAUAUUAUGUCAUGAUCAAUGUGACAUAUGAAAAGAAAUUAAAUUAUUCUUUACUGCGCGCGAAUACCGUUCACUGACAAAACAGACAUUAUGAUUUAAUUACAAUGUCGAUACGUUAAAUUUGUAUUACAUU